AUGUUUGCUUUCCACAGUUUGAAUCUGAUGGCAGCUCUGUCUGAGAACCUGCUGACAGUCAACAUGUUACUGAGUGUCUUCUUUCUUCCAGCUACUUUGGCUGAUUGUGGUGUUGGUAUAAAACCAGGCCUCAGAAUCACUGCACCAAAGAAGAUUGAAGCUCUGAAUGGAUCUUGUUUGGAAAUCCCAUGUAUCUAUGAUACAGAAGGUACCAGAUAUGACAGCAGCAGAACUAUCUAUGGAGUUUGGAUGAAAGGUGCUCACAAUUUUGGCGAUGAUCCAAAGAUAGUUAUUUUCAACAGCAGUGGGUCAGUUAACACCUAUUCACUGAAUAUUACUGGAAACCUGAGAGAGAACAACUGCACCACUCUGUUUCCUGAUUUAAAGACCAGUUAUACAGACAGAUACUUCUUCAGGAUUGAGAACAAGCUGUUCAAAGCAACAGCUUGUGAUGAUCCUCUCAAUAUAACAGUUAAAGAUUCUCCGUGGAGUCCCAGCAUUAAUAUCCCUGUUGGUGAUCUGAAGGAGCAUCAGUCUGUCACUAUAAGCUGCUCAGCUGUGACUCCCUGUCCACACUCACCUCCUGAACUCACCUGGAAUCUCCAACAAGACUCUAAGAGACAAACAGAGAAAAACUCAGAUGGAACCUUUACAACUAAAAUCCAGGAGACCAUCACUUUGUCAGACACACAUGAUGGAUACAACAUCAGCUGUUCUGCCAGAUAUCCUGUGAAUGGAGGAAACAAGACAGCAGAGACAGAAGUGACUCUCAGUGUUUCAUAUGCUCCUAAAGACACCUCAGCAUCCAUCAGUCCAUCAGGUUUGGUGUCAGCAGGUAGCUGGGUGGAACUGAACUGCUCCAGCAGAGCCAAGCCUCCUGCCAGCUUCACCUGGUUCAGGAACAGCAAACAUGGAGCCAUUAAUGUAUCUGUGGGGCAGGUUUACAGCUUCAAUGUUACUGAGGGAGGAGAGUAUUACUGUGAGGCUACAAAUGAUCUGGGGACUCAGAGAUCAGCAGUGAUUCUACUUAAUACUGAAGGUUCUCCUUGGAGUCCCAGCAUUAAUAUCCCUGUUGGUGAUCUGAAGGAGCAUCAGUCUGUUACUAUAAGCUGCUCAGCUUUGACUCCCUGUCCACACUCACCUCCUGAACUCACCUGGAAUCUCCAACAAGACUCUGACAGACAAACAGAGAAAAACUCAGAUGGAACCUUUACAACUAAAAUCCAGGAGACCAUCACUCUGUCAGACACACAUGAUGGAUACAACAUCAGCUGUUCUGCCAGAUAUCCUGUGAAUGGAGGAAGCAAGACAGCAGAGACAGAAGUGACUCUCAGUGUUUCAUAUGCUCCUUAAGACACCUCAGCAUCCAUCAGUCCAUCAGGUUUGGUGUCAGCAGGUAGCUGGGUGGAGCUGAGCUGCUCCAGCAGAGCCAAGCCUCCUGCCAGCUACACCUGGUUCAGGAACAGCAAACAUGGAGCCAUUAAUGUAUCUGUGGGGCAGGUUUACAGCUUCAAUGUUACUGAGGGAGGAGAGUAUUACUGUGAGGCUACAAAUGAUCUGGGGACUCAGAGAUCGUCAGUGAUUCUACUUAAUACUGAAGUGCCAGGAGUCAGUCUCUGUGUUAUAUUGAAGAUCCUGGGGAUCAUAAUGCUCUGCAGUGCAGUCUGCAUCUUUCAGUGCUGGUUUAGAUUAUCCAACAAACAAGCAAAGAAGGACACAGAAGAAGCAGAUGAUGUCAACAGAGUGAUGGAGGUUCAGGCAUCAUGAACCUCAAGGGGACAAGUAGGAUGUAUAA